CGUCGACCCUCGUCGCUGUGAAAGCGUCGUCCGUGCGCUUCGUUCCGUCCCAAUUUUAUUGCUCGCCGUUUAUUACAAAUAACAGGGUGUCGCACCGAUACCAUUUUAUAGCUCCUGAUGCCAUGUGGGAUCGGCCAAUUCAUUCAUUUAUUUUCUCCUUCAACAAAUACCAAAUGACCGCGUACUGAUUAUACAGUAAAGUCAUCGCUAUCACGGCUCACUCAGACACCGCUCAACUCAUCGUCUUGCCACAAGACGCCCUAUCCAUUUGAGGCGGGAGGGUCGGCGGCGAACUUACCAUUGUUAUUUUCGUCAACGAUGACGAUUUUUUCAUGUUCUAUGCUAAAAACGAGUGUUAGGACGCCAUUCCCAGGCAAGAACGAGACCGAAACGCGCCGUUGAUUCCGUUGUACUGCGUGUUCACUAUGUGUUAGAUUUUCUCAUUGUAUGUGGAGUUAGUCUGCAUCGUAGCAGUGUUUGGUUGUGUCACUCAUGCGACGUGCCGCUCUAGGCUAGUUUGUUUUGAAACGCAGUAAGAUUGCGUUCUUAUCAUGGAAAGAGAAAAAAAAACAAUGUUGCGUUAUUCUUUAAAUCUCUGUGCUGAGUGAUCAUCACACAUUAAAUGUAACUCCUAGCGUUCACAUUAGCAUUUAGCGUGGCGAGCGGUGUCUUGGACAACUUUUUUUUUUUUUUUUACAUACAGUUGAUGAUUGAAAAUUAGGUCGUGUUUUCCUGCUGAGCGUGUAUUAUCAUCAGGAAGUUUGCGGUGUCCUUGAAGAAUAGAAUAUGUGCUCGUCGGUUAAUCUUCAUUGUAGAGCUGAAACGAGUACUCGAGUGAGCUGAGUUUAAAAAUGGAUCCGAGUCAUUUUAUUUGCCUCGAGAAAUCCUUUCAAUUUGCCAGCUCUAAGCAUCACAUUUUGCCUGGACUACAUCCAUUCAAAAGUGAGAUCAUUUGCCAGAUGACACAAAAUGUCGUCUGUCAUAACCGUUUAUUAAUGCUCAUGGCAGCGUCAUGUUAUAAUUGUGAUGGUCUUAUGAAGGGCUUAUGGCGCCGCUGUCACCAAAUACCGUAACUAGCAAUUAAUGAAACAACUGGAACAGUAACCAAAGAAGUUAUGAGCACAGAUCAUGGAUUUUGAUUGUUAUUUACAUCUGUAGCGCUGCAAUGCAUGUUAAGAGGCAUGAAGGAAGACGAACAGUGUUGACAGCAGGUGGUGUCAGAGGUUGACGGUCUCCCCUAAGGGAGCCGUGAUGGCCAAAUGAAGCUGCUUGAAGCAAUGAAGCCAAUUGGUUCAAAAGCUUCAUGGUGCUUCAUUUGCUCUUCUGAUGCUGCUGUCUGAUAUAGUGUUACCGGUUGAUAUCUUUUGGUGUAUACAUUGCAUAAUACAGUGAGGACAGCUGCGGCUUAUAGUCCAGUGCGGCUUAUGUAUGAACAAAUGCCGUUUUCAUGUCAAAUUUGGUGGGUGGCGACUUGUAGUCGGGAACGCGUUACAGCCCGAAAAUUGCGUUUUUCACAGUUUUUACCUCAAAAUGGUUGGUAGAAAUAGGGGGUAAAAAACCAUGGAGGAAAAUUCCACCAUCGAUAUGUCUACUGAAGCCAGUAGAUGGUCCUUCUCUGACCUCUGACCUGUGACCCCCAGGAAAGCUCCGACUCGGACUAUGUUGACGUCAGCAUUACUGUAAGUUGUCACUCGGCCCCACCUUCCGAUGCAUUGUGGGAAAUGUCUCUGCGGUCAUUCUGACGUUGACGUCUCGGGGUUCUUCUUUUCUUCUGCCGGAGGGUGCGCUUUCCGAUGACGCCGAGUUGCUCGGCGAGCCGCGCAAAAUGCUUUCUUUUGAAAUCUGGAGGCAAUCAAACUCAUCCCACUCAAAUUUGCCUGUUCAUCUUUUCUCUCUGAGCGGCUUUCUUCGGAGAUACUGAUUUGCGUGGGUUUGAAACUUGCCGAGGAAGGGCGUGUUGGCCAGGACAAGGGAAAGGAAGAAGCCCUUUGUCCACGAAAAUAUGAUAUCCAUGAGACACGCCGGUGCGUCUGGCGCCGCAGCGCGACUUCAUGAAGUCCCUAAUGGGCAUCGGCAAGCGGCUGGCCACGCUGCCCACCAAAGAGCAGAAGACGCAACGCCUGAUCUCGGAGCUGUCGCUGCUCAACCACAAGCUGCCGGCCCGCGUCUGGCUGCCCACCGCCGCCUUCGAGCACCACGUGGUGCGCGUGCCACACACCCAGGCCGUGGUGCUCAACUCCAAAGACAAGGCGCCCUACCUGAUCUACGUGGAGGUACUGGAGGUGGACGACUUUGAGACCGCCAGCGUGCCGGCGCGGAUCCCGGAGAACCGCAUCAGGAGCACGCGCUCGGUGGAGCACCUGCCCGACUGCGGCGCGAGCGCCGAGCAGCGCGCCGGGAGCUUCUCCACCGUCCCCAACUACGACAACGACGACGAGGCCUGGUCGGUGGACGACAUCGGCGAGCUCCAGGUGGAGCUUCCGGAAGUUCACGCCAGCUGCGACAACAUCAGUCAGUUCUCCGUCGACAGCGUCAGCAGCCUGGAGAGCAAGGAACCUGUCUUCAUCGCCGCGGGUGACAUCAGGCGCCGUCUGUCGGAGCAGCUGGCCCAGACCCCCACGACUUUCAAGCGGGACCCCGAGGACCCGUCGGCCGUGGCCCUCAAGGAGCCUUGGGAGGAGAAAGUCCGGAGGAUCCGCGAAGGUUCCCCUUACGGGCACGUGCCCACGUGGCGUCUGCUGUCAGUCAUUGUCAAAUGUGGCGACGACCUCCGGCAGGAGCUGCUGGCGUACCAGGUGCUGCAGCAGCUCAAGUCCAUCUGGGAGGCGGAGCGUGUGCCUCUGUGGAUCAAACCCUACAAGAUUCUGGUGCUGUCGUCGGACAGCGGCAUGAUCGAGCCGGUGGUCAACGCCGUGUCGCUGCAUCAGGUGAAGAAGCACAGCCAGCUGUCCUUGCUGGACUACUUCCUGCAGGAGCACGGCGCGCCCACCACCGAGGCCUUCCUGUCGGCGCAGAGGAACUUUGUGCAGAGUUGCGCCGGAUACAGCCUCAUCUGCUACCUGCUGCAGGUCAAGGACAGGCACAACGGCAACAUCCUGCUGGACGCGUGCGGUCACAUCAUCCACAUCGACUUUGGCUUCAUCCUGUCCAGCUCCCCCAAGAACCUGGGCUUUGAGACGUCCGCCUUCAAACUCACCGCGGAGUUUGUUGAGGUGAUGGGCGGUCCCGAAGGCGACAUGUUCAACUACUACAAGAUGUUGAUGCUGCAGGGUCUGAUCGCCGCCAGGAAGCACAUGGAACGGGUGCUGCAGAUCGUGGAGAUCAUGCAACAAGGCUCGCAGCUGCCCUGCUUCCACGGAUCCAGCACCAUGCGAGGCCUGAAGGAACGCUUCCACAUGAGCCUGACCGAGGAGCAGCUUCAGCUUCUGGUGGAGCAGAUGGUGCUGGGAUCCAUGCGCUCCAUCACCACCAAACUCUACGACGGCUUCCAGUACUUCACCAACGGCAUCAUGUGACG